AUGGCCAGGCUGGUGCUGUCUCCCGCGCCGGGCAGCUGGCUGGUGCUGCUGCUGCUGUUGCUGUCAGGUGAGACUGUGCCAGAAGCCAAAGGAGAGGACCUGUACCAGAAUCCCAAAGGCAGUGCUUGUUCCCGGAUCUGGCAGAACCCACGAUUCAUGGCCAGGAAGCGGGGCUCCACGGUGGAAGUGCAGUGCCACACGGACGGCUCCUCUGGCAUCGUGAGCUGGCUCUGGAAGCGGGAGAUGGACACAGAGCCACAGACACUGCUCCCCAUCCAGGACCGCAUCCUGCAGACCCAGAAUGGCUCCGUCUUCACCCUCACCAUCCAAGGCAUCCAGUUUGAGAACAACGGCAUCUACUUCUGCCAGCAGGAGUGCACCGGGGCCUCCCAGGGGGUCUACCUGGGCUGUGGCACUGAGCUGCGAGUCAUGGGUUUCAGCACCUUUGCACAGCUGAAGCGGCGGAACACGCUGAAAGAUAGCAUCAUCAUGAUUCAGACCCUGCUGAUCAUCCUCUUCAUCAUCGUGCCCAUCUUCCUGCUCCUGGACAAGGAUGACAGCAAGGCAGGGAUGGAAGAAGAUCACACCUACGAGGGUCUGAACAUUGACCAGACGGCCACCUACGAGGACAUAGUGACUCUACGAACAGGGGAGGUGAAGUGGUCUGUGGGUGAGCACCCAGGCCAGGAGUGA